ACUUUAUGACCCGGGAACUCGUUCCACCCGAGCCUGAGUUUCCACAAUAUAUAUUCCGCUGCUGUUAUGCACUAAUACACCAUCAACUUUCCUUUUCUCUCCGAGUCCUGUUAACCUGCUUUGAGCCUCUGGGCUCUUCGUCAGGUCCCUUUUAUCUACCCAAUCCUACACAUCACCUUGGGUUCAAUGUCGCCGAGACCGAUCCUGAAACAAUGUCCACAGUUUCCGUUCUCUGCACAUCCGACAGCUUCCCCACCCCGCCGUGUUCACUUCCCACCAACGCCAACUCUUACUUCUACGUAUGCUGCCCACUCAUCAGCUACGUAUGACCGCUCGCCUGUCUCAGUCUCUCCCAAUCACUGUGCGCUCCCUGGGCGUCAUGAGCGAGAAUUUGUCUGCAGUGAUGACAGUCGGUCAUAUCAAGUGGCCGAGAUAAAAGGAAGCUAUUUUCACCCUCGUGCCUACGAGGCGUGUGCCCCAGAGCCAUCAGUGUCUUAUGAACCUGACAGCUUGGUGACAUCACCACCUGAUACUGUGUUAAGCCGAAUAUCUGUCCGUCUCACGGCUGCGGACCCUAUGAUACCCUUUACACGACAUACACAAGAUGAGAUUGAUACCACAUUUAAAUCUUCGCAGCAUCCUUCGCAGGCGAAGGAAAAGCAGAGGAUGAAGAGAAGCUUGCGUAGAAAGGAACCGGAUCAUUUCGGUGGCGACUGUGUAGGGUUCGCACCGAUUUCUCUGGACUACAACAGCUGCCUAGGGGGGUUUUGAUCACACAUUUAUACCUUUAGCCGUUUACACACUGGAAUCGAUACCCUGAACUUUGUAAAACAUACCAUGUAGUCGAUACAUGUGACUGUACUCUGAUUUCAAACGCAAACGUGGCGGACCGGUGGGGCGCACCUUACACCAGGGCAUUCGUGGCUCCAAGGAUACAAAGGUC